UCUUUCUUAUUUCUCGUCUCUUUUCCCUCCUUUCAAUUUCCGUUUCAAUAUUUCAAAAAUGGUAAAAAUCAACACUCUCUUAAUUUCUCAUUUCCGACGAACUUUCAGCUGGAAUUUGAAAUUUUAGAGUUGAAUAUUGCGAACUCAGUUUCUAUGGUGACUGCAAAUAAUGAAUUCAUCAUUUACUUGGAAAUUGAACUACCAGAUGAAGUUUUAAUGGUUUGUAUAGCUCCAGUCCACUGUGAAGCGCCUCCAUAAUUAUGGUUCGAGAAAAAGACGUCUGUUGGGAAUAUGCGGAGAAGUUAGACGGGAAUAAAGUGAGAUGUAAAUUCUGUCUCAGAAUUCUGAAUGGUGGCAUUAGUAGGUUAAAGCAUCACUUAUCCAGACUUCCCAGUAAAGGUGUGAAUCCAUGUACUAAGGUCAGGGAUGAUGUUACUGACAGGGUAAGGGCAAUAAUAGCAUCAAAGGAAGAGACAAAGGAAACUCCUAGUACUAAAAAGCAUAAGUUCGUUGAGGCAAAAUCUCUUGUCAACAUUUCUUUGGAAAAACCGCUUUUGUCUGUGGAACCAAUAACUCCAUCAACAACAACAACAUACCCAGUGCAAUCCCACAAGUGGGGUCUGGGGGAACCAACAACUCCAAUUGCAAGAAUUUUUCCACCCAUUGGGCAGGCUAUCUCUUCACCUGGAAAUAACCAAGAAAAUGCAGAGAGAAGUAUUGCUUUGUUCUUUUUCGAGAACAAAAUUGACUUUGGUGUAGCAAGAUCUUCCUCUUACCAUCAAAUGAUUGAGGCAGUAGGGAAGUGUGGUAGUGGGUUUAUAGGUCCUUCUCCUGAAACUCUGAAAUCAACAUGGUUGGAGAGGAUCAAGUCUGAAGUAAGUUUACAGUCAAAAGAUGUUGAGAAAGAGUGGGCUAUGACAGGUUGCACUUUAAUUGCAGAAACAUGGACGGACAACAAAAUGAAAGCUUUGAUCAACUUCUUGGUUUCGUCACCCUCCAGGACUUUUUUCUACAAAUCUGUAGAUGCGUCUUCGUAUUUUAAGAAUCUGAAAUGCCUAUCUGAGUUGUUUGAUUCAGUCAUUCAAGAUUUUGGCCCAGAAAAUGUUGUACAGGUAAUUGUGGAUAAUACACUUCACUGCAGUGGUAUAGUGAACCAUAUUUUGCAGAACUAUGGGAGUGUUUUUGUGUCCCCUUGUGCUUCACAGUGUUUAAAUGCAAUUUUGGAUGAGUUUUCAAGACUAGAUUGGGUAAAUAGAUGCAUUUUACAGGCACAAUCAGUCUCGAAGUUUAUAUACAAUAAUUCCUCAUUGCUUCAACUCGUGAAAAAUUUCACUGGAGGACAAGAGAUCAUCAAGACUGGUAUUACGAAGUCUGUAUCACACUUUCUCUCCUUGCAAUGUCUAUUGAAACAUAGGUCAAGAUUGAAACUUAUGUUUAGUAGUCCAGAGUUUGGUGAACAUUCUGCUUGUACAAAUAAACAGCAAAGUGUUAAUUGUAUUGGAAUUCUGGAUGACAAUGACUUUUGGAGGACAGCUGAAGAGUGUGUUGCUGUGUCUGAACCCUUUCUCAAAGUUAUGAGAGAGGUAUCUGGAGGAAAGACAGCUGUGGGCUUUAUAUAUGAACUACUGACCAGAGCAAAAGAGUCAAUAAGGACAUACUAUAUUAUGGAUGAAAUAAAGUGCAAGACAUUUUUAGAUAUAGUGGAUAAGAAAUGGCAGAACAACCUCCACUCUCCUCUGCAUUCAGCAGCUGCCUUUUUGAAUCCUGGCAUCCAAUACAACACAGAAGUCAAGUUUCUAGGGUCUAUAAAAGAAGAUUUUUUCAGAGUGCUGGAGAAGCUGCUACCAACUCCCGAACUGAGGCGAGAUAUCACCACUCAAAUCCUUUUAUAUACAAGGGCAUCCGGAAUGUUUGGUUGUAAUCUAGCGAAGGAAGCCAUUGAUACUGUUCCUCCAGUUGUUCAUGACGAGAUGCGGCGAGCUCUGCUACCUAUACUUCCUGGACUGUGGACAAGUAUUUGGUGGGAACAGUAUGGUGAUGCUGCUCCUACAUUGCAAAGAGUCGCUAUCAAAAUACUUAGCCAGGUAUGCAGUACGUUCACUUUUGAGCGACAUUGGAGCACAUUUCAGCAAAUCCACUCUGAGAAGCGCAAUAAGAUUGAUAAGGAAACACUUUCAGACCUUGUUUACAUAAAUUAUAAUCUGAAGCUAGCACGGUAUUUGGUUUCUAAACCUACCGAGGAAGAUCCCCUCCAACUUGAUGACAUAGAUAUGACAUCCGAGUGGGUAGAAGAGGCAGAAAAUGCUAGUCCAAGUCAGUGGCUUGAUAGAUUUGGUUCGGGUCUGGAUGGGAAUGACUUGAACACAAGACAGUUUACUGCUGCAAUAUUUGGCGGUGGUGACCACAUAUUUGGUUUGUGAUCAUGUUGACUGUCCACCCCCGAAAUACACACGCAUUUAGUCAUCAUAGUAUAGUGUCUUGGAAUUGUGUGGUACUUUCGACUGCUCUUUUUUUCCCAUGUAAAUACCUAGUAGAAAUGAUGCAAGUAGCUUUUACUGAUAGGCCAUCUAAAUGUCACGCCUAUACAGAAAUAGAGAGUGAGGGUAGUUGGAGAAGCUGACUA